CAAACUACUUGUCUGUUGCUUUACUCAUUCAGUUACUUCUCCCUCUCUCUCUCUCUCUCCAUCUCUCUCUAUAACUACUUUCGCAAUCCUCUUUUUCCCUUCGAUCGACUGCUUUGGAUAUGGCUUUGGAGGCUAUGAAAUCUUCGGCCGUGGUCACGCCGCCGGCGCCCUGCGUCGAGGUUGAUGAUGUUCAUGGAUUGAAGAAGAAGCGGACUAAGAGGCCUCGCGGUGAUGAGAGCCCCGCGCUGCCACCGCCGACUGAGGAGGAGAGGUAUUUGGCUUUGUGUUUGAUCAUGCUGGCCCGCGGCGAGGAUCCGAGUCGUCGUCAGCGUGAUGCGCCGGCGGAGGCGAAGGUUGUGAGUAAGGAGAGUGAAACGGUGUCGCUACCGCCGCCGCCGCCGCCUGCGGCGGCGGCGGCGCAGGAAGUGCCGCAUCAGGAGCAGUUGUACAAGUGCAGCGUGUGUAAUAAGUGUUUUCAUUCUUAUCAAGCACUUGGUGGGCAUAAGGCCAGCCACCGUAAACUGGCUUCCGCCUCCGACGACAACAACAACCACCCCUCGACGUCGAAUUCCACCGCCGCCGUCGUCAACCCGAUCGGUAGGGCUCAUGAGUGCAACAUCUGCCACAAGUCCUUCCCCUCCGGCCAAGCCCUAGGCGGCCACAAGCGCCGCCACUACGAAGGCAACCUCGGCGGAGCCCCCAACCGCGACGCUGGCUCUGCUCCCAGCGGAAGCGCACUCACCUCCUCAGAAGGCGGCGUCUCAAGCCACGCGCCCCGUCCCUUUGACCUCAAUCUCCUCCCCUCCACCGAACUACAACUCGGGCUCAGCGUUGACUGCUCCAUAAAAAGUCAACUCUCCGGUGAUCAAGAAGUCGAAAGCCCCAUGCCCGCCAAGAAACCGCGUCUAUCCUUCCCCUUCGACUGGGAUUUCCGACCAAACAAUUCUUGAAAAAAAAUCAAAAAUCAAUUCUUUAAUUUUACCCUUAGCCUCCCCAAAUCCCAAUUAAUGAUUGAUCUCAUAUACUUUCAAUAUUAAUUAGCAGCACCCUUUUAUGUACAAGGAGUUAAUUACUCAUCAUAUUGAUUCUUAACUCUCUCUUAAUCUCUUUGUUAAUCAUUCAUUAAUUCAAUUCUUAUUGAAAUACUAUUCCUUUU